CGGAUAUCCGUGACGUCAUUGGCUUGCCCGAACGCGUUGUUGACAUCAUCAGCUGACUCGAAGGAAGUGACUGUAGGACCGGAACUGGUUUUAUCUAUUUUUACACAGAUUAUGGCAUCCUUUGUCAGAGUUAAUGCCAUUCUCGAUUAAAGUGGCAAGAAAUUAAUACAGGUUGAUGAAAUGGGGAACAAUACUAGCAUUAGAGAAAGUGAGGAUAUUCCUGAAGGUAAUGGAGCUCGUUUCCAUGAAAAGAUUGUCCCAGAAGAGAUUCUUUACAUCAUCUUCUCCUUUGUCCCUGCAAGGGACCUUUUGCGUUCCGUGACGUAUGUGUGCAAGUACUGGCAUGACCUCCUCACACAUUUCCACUUUUGGUUCAGAAAACUAGAGGUUGAAAGGAUCGCAUUAUCGGAUGAAACCAAAGAGAAACUGUUGUCACUUGAUGAUGAGAAGCGUGCCCUUUACAUACUGCAGGGCCUUGCUACGCGGUACCUACCUCUUAACCAGAACAUGAUCAAAAAUCCUUGUGGUGCAGAUGGUUUGAAACACUGGCACUGCCGCCGCAACAGAAAAAUGAUCGCAGUAGAAUCCGAACCAGUUGGCAGCGACCCAAUACCCGAAGAAGCAAAGCUGCCAACGCAACACUGCUUCGUCACCUCGUAUCAGUCCAGCUCCAGAACACAAUCCUUUACACUGAACGAACGUGGAUUAUCACCCGAGUUGAUGGAUUUAUUGAGACCAAAGAUCUAUGUGUGCCAAUGGGUGAGUGCAAGGUGGGACUGUCGAUCAGAAAGUGAGCUCGUGAUUGCACUGUGUGGCGCACAAGAGACAAAGCGCGUCAAAUUGACCUGGAGUUCUGAUGAUGAAGAUGUUGUGGGAAGUAAGUGGUAUAAGAUGGAGACAACAAUUACAGACUACCCAGCAGGACUCUCAGAGAUAACUUACUCAAGUUUUGGGAAGGAUCUGCAGUACUGGGCUGGAUUUUAUGGGUCAAAAACCACAGGAUCCACAUUGAUGUUGGUUUUCUAACGAGUGAUAUAAAGUUGGAAUACUACCCUAUCAUGAAGGGGCCAGAAUUUUCUGCGACGUAAUUUUUAUGCAACAAUCUAGCCUUCCUGGCAGGGUCUGUGCUGUGUACAGUCGGCCCACACACUCACUAGAGCGAAUCGUGUAUAGGUUUCAUACAUCAUUACGUCAUGGCAACUGUAGCUGUACCCGUCACUAAGAGAUUAAAGCUUGUUUUUACCUAAAGAAUUUAAUUAUCUCAUUCUCUCACUUUAUUUCUUUGUCAUAUGCCUCUCCUUUUUUUUUCAUUUUCCUUCUCUGUUCUCUUACAGUAAUGCAUUUAGGACUAUUAAUAAUUACUGAAAAAAGUGUAACAAGUAUUUGUAUAUUUGUUAUACUAUGUAGGACUAUACCAUAUAUUUUGUUUGAAGGAAAAAAGAUCUAUAUACAUAUAUAUCUUUGGAAUUAUAACAGUAACUUAUAAGCUUCUCAGAAACACUAGCAUGUGAAAUGUGAUAUAUUAAAGUAAUCAUAAUGAAAAAA